AUUGAAAGGCCAAGCAUCGAGACAGAUACAGCGAAGGAUAACCGCGAAAGACCUUUCAUAUUAUAAAUAUUUGUGUUCGAAGUGAGAACGAAGCCAAGUAUCAGUAUGGUUUGAUCUCUGUAUUAAAAAACAAAACCACGAAUGUAAUCCUAUACAUUCGACAUCGAGUGCGCGCAAAGGCCGCAGAGUUUUUCGUCUCGACACCAGUGUCCUCUUUGAGCGAUUCGUUCUCAUGAGAUUCUUUAGACUCACAUUUAAGUGUUUCGUGGAUUGUUUUUGAAGGUGCUGUCGAUUUCUCUGUUUUUCUUUGAGGAAGAAUCUUCUUUAUUUGCCCGAUUUUAUUUGCCUGUUUAUUGAAUUUCGAUUAAUGCUGACCUCCGUCACGACGUUGUAAGUUACGAUAUACACCCAGCUUAUAAUACCCUUAAAUCCAAAAGCCCAAACAACAGUUAAAAUUCUCAGAGGAUUGUCUGACAAAUAAAGUAACGUAAAGGUCUGGAACUCAGCUGAUCGUUCUGAAUCCUGACUGAUCUUUCAACCGAUGUCCUUUUCCUCAGUGUUAUUAAAACAUUGAGGGUGCAUUGUGUAUAAACGCAUAACGGGAAUGGAGAAACCGGCAUUCGAAACUGACUGCAGUGCUUUGAACGUUAUCCUCGGAGAGGAGAAAGGGGGACACUUCAUCCCGAACGGAAACGGCCAUCAAGCUGGCGUGAUUAGAAGCCUCAUCGGUGGAGCUGACGGAGAAGGAUGUGGUGCUGCACCUGGCACGAUGUCGUCAGUGGAGAAGCCAGGCACAGGGUAUCCCGAGCGAGAGCAAUGGACCAGACAAAUGGAUUUUAUCAUGUCUUGCGUUGGCUUUGCUGUGGGGCUGGGCAACGUCUGGCGUUUUCCUUACCUAUGCUACAAAAAUGGUGGAGGAGUGUUCCUGAUACCCUACCUGAUUAUUGGCAUUGUGGGGGGGAUUCCAAUCUUCUUCCUGGAGAUUGCAUUGGGACAAUUUAUGAAGGCUGGCAGCAUCAAUGUGUGGAACAUUGCACCUCUAUUUAAAGGACUCGGGUAUGCCUCCAUGGUCAUCGUGUUCUUCUGUAACACCUACUACAUCAUGGUCCUAGCCUGGGCCUUCUACUACUUCAUCAAGUCCUUUAACUCUACCCUGCCCUGGUCUACCUGUGACAACACCUGGAACACGCCCAGUUGCAUCGAAAUCUUCCACCACGAAGACUGUCUGAAUGGCACCAUCGGCAACACUACCUACGGCAACUUGACAUGUGAGGAGCUGGCAGAUGGGCGUUCUCCCAUAAUUGAAUUCUGGGAAAACAAGGUACUGAACAUCUCAGAAGGGUUAAACUACCCUGGUUCCAUUAACUGGGAGCUUAUGCUGUGUCUUAUGGCGGUGUGGGUGAUGGUGUACUUCUGCGUGUGGAAGGGGGUGAAGUCCACAGGCAAGAUUGUUUAUUUUACUGCCACGUUCCCAUAUGUUGUCCUGAUCAUCCUCCUGGUGAGAGGCAUCACUCUUCCUGGUGCCUAUGAUGGAAUCAUGUAUUACAUCAAGCCUGACUGGUCCAAGCUUGGUGAGGCCCAGGUGUGGAUUGAUGCUGGCACACAAAUUUUCUUUUCUUAUGCUAUUGGUCUUGGAGCUCUCACUGCCCUCGGCAGCUACAACAGAUUCCACAAUGACUGCUAUAAGGAUGCCUUCAUGCUAGCUUUAAUCAACAGUGGCACCAGUUUCUUUGCUGGCUUUGUGGUGUUUGCCAUUUUGGGCUUCAUGGCUAAUGAGCAGGGAGUGGAUAUCUCCCAAGUGGCUGAAACAGGUCCUGGUUUGGCCUUCAUUGCAUAUCCUAAAGCUGUGUCCCUGAUGCCAAUGCCCCCAAUUUGGGCUGCACUCUUCUUCUUCAUGCUGCUCUUGCUGGGUCUUGACAGUCAGUUUGUUGGAGUGGAAGGUUUUGUAACUGGCAUUCUAGAUCUUUUUCCUGGAAAGUAUUACAUGCGCUACAGACGUGAAAUCUCGGUGGCAAUCUGUUGUUUAAUGUGCUUUAUUAUAGAUCUCUCCAUGGUUACACAGGGAGGGAUGUAUGUGUUCCAGCUUUUUGAUUAUUACUCCGCCAGUGGUAUGACCCUGUUAUGGCAAGCAUUCUGGGAAUGCAUAGUUGUCAGCUGGGUCUAUGGUGCUGACAGGUUCAUGGAUGACAUUGCUCGUAUGAUUGGUUACCGGCCUUUUCCUUGGAUGAAGUGGUGCUGGUCAUUUAUUACUCCAUGCGUUUGUAUGGGUAUCUUCCUCUUUCACCUGUUUAACUACAAGCCUCUUACCUACAACAAUACAUAUGUGUACCCAUGGUGGGGCGAGGUGAUUGGUUGGUGUAUGGCUCUGAUGUCAAUGCUCUGUAUCCCUGUCAGUGUGCUGUACAAGCUCUGCAGGUCUACAGGAACCUUCAUGGAGCGUUGGGAAAAGCUGACUAAACCACAAUGGGGUUCCCAUCACCUUGAAUAUAUGUCACCUGAUACUGAUAUCAAGAGCCUGACUUCACUCUCUACCGACACAGAAGACAGCAAAGUUAUCAUCUUUGAAAGUGUUAUGUAGGCAAUAGCCUAGAGGAGAGUCUUUGACAACCCUCCAAAAACAAGAUGAUGUUCGGUCUGAGAUAACCUUGAUAGUAUGUAUUAAUUUGACACAAUCCAAUGAAGUAUUAACUCAGUAAUUAUUUGCAAUGAAUUAAAAUGUAAGAUAUGUCCCCGUAAACCUAUCUAAAAUAUAUUCAUAAUGGUCAUAAUGGUCAAUCGCUCUAAAUUCUGGCCCAUUGAUAAUUAAUAUCUGAAUUGACCGUUCCAUAAACUGUAUGGUACAGUCUUGUAUUUGGAAGGGACUCCCAAACUGGCCCUGUCUUUGACUUCAUUAGGCCAGAGCCAAACACCCCACCUCAUCCAGCAUUGCUGAAAUUGUACAAGUUAUCUUUAAGACUGAAAUGGGAUUCCUUAAAAUAUCACACUACUGCGAGCCAUAUCAUGUGGUUUAGAGGGAAUGUAAAAUAUAAUAAUCUAUAAUUCAUCAAAACUAUACAGUACUGUGCAAAAGUUUUACAUCAACAGAUUGUUUUGAAAGCAAUUUUGAUAGGUAUAUUUUAGUUUAAAACACUAUAUAACAUAGAACCCCGUUUCUAAAAAAGUUGUGUAAAAUGUAAAGAUGAACAGAAUGCAAUGAUGUGCAAAUCAUUUAAACCCUAUAUUCAAUAAUAAAAAUAAUAUAUAUAUAUCAGAAGUUGAAAAUGAGGAAUGUUAGUGUGUGGAAAAUGUGUGUGUAAUGCUAAAAAAAAAAUGGUGGAGCAUCUCACAACUCAUAUUUAGUUAAUUGGCAACAGGUGAAUAACAUGUUUGAGUAUAAAAAGAGCAUCCCAUAGAGGAUGGGUUAAGAUGGGGAGGGGUUCACUACUCUGUGAAAGAUUGUGCAGACAAAUAGUACAACAAUUUAAAAAUAACAUUUCUCAAUGUAAAAUUGCACAGAAUUUGGGGAUUUCAUCAUCUACUAGGGACAUCACUGCAUGGACAUAUUUCAGCAAGACAAUGCCAAACCACAUUAUGCACAUAUUACAACAGCAUGGCUCCGUUGUAAAAGAUUCCGUGGGCUAAACUUGCCUGCCUGCAGUCUAAAAUACUACAAAGAGACCCCAAAAUGUUGAACAUUGGCAAUCCUAUAUUAAGCAUGAAUGGGAAAACAUUUCACUUUCAAAACUACAGAAAUUGGUCUCCUCAGUUCCCAAACGCUUACAGAAUAUUGUUGAAAGAAGAGGGGAUGGAACACAGUGGAAAACCUGCCCUAACUUAUUUAAAACGUGUUGCUGACAUACAUAUUUUUUUUUUUUAUCCAAAAACAAUAUAAUCUCUCAGUUGCAACAUUUAACAUGUUGUCUUCAUACUAUUUUAAAUAAAAAACAGGGAUGAAUGAUUUACACAUCAUUGCAUUUGGUUUUUAUUUGCAUUUUAGGCAGCAUCCCACAUUUUCUGUAAACAGGGUUGUAAAAUGAAUAUACAUUAAACAAUUUUGGCUAACAUAGGUUUAGACCUAUCGAAUAGCCUACUAAAACACGCUGCAUCUGCUCAGAUUUCAAUUGUAUUGGUACAAGACAAGUUGCAUAUUAAUGACACAUUAGCUAACAUUUUUAUGUUGCUAGUUUUCAGAUAACAGUUAUAACUUGAUCAAAUUGUUACUUGUUACAAGAAGAUAUAUUUCAUAGCUGUUGGCUAUGUCAAUAAUAGGGGGUUCUACUAGGGAGGUUUUGAUAAAAACCAGUAGCCUAAAUGUCACAAAUUAUCAUUGGCUGUGUGGUAUGGCUGGCCUAUAGCCUACAAAAUACUGUUUUGGUUUUAUAGAGACAUUUACAAUUUUGAUGCUUCCCAAUAAUGUACUUAACUAAUUACUUUUGGGAAUGUAGCUAUCUUGCCUUGAUCUGCAAAUGCGAUUGAAAAUGUGCUAUAUUAAGUGUGCUACUGUGCUAUAUACAAAGCUACGAAGAAUGUAUAACUACCAUGGUUAGUAAAAGCUUUUGAAUCGGAUUGACAGAUAUGUGUUUUUACUAUUGCCUUAGCAAGCCAUGCAUGCUAAAAUAAUGUGCUUUCCAUCCUCGAGCUGAAGUUAAUAAUCAAUAUUGGUAUAUAGGAUAAAUGUGCCCUCCCAUGGAAAUAAAAUGCCUGUCCAACACUUUUGUUCUAGUGCUGGGCCAGCACUGCCUUCAAUGAGUUUCCUUCUCUCCCUCAAAGUGGCCUUUAAGUCUACUUACUUAGCACCUGGCACCAAUGAACACCCUACAACUGUAAGAAGUGACCAUCUUUAAAUGUCGGUCAAAAACAUAGUCUUUCAGAAAGUUAAUGACACCAUACACUCAGAAAGUUGGCAGAUGGAACACUUAUUAAUAUUAGGUUGGCCACCUCAGUGACCACAACAUAAUUUAAGUUUUGAAUAAAAAAAGUAUUUGUUAAAAUUGUUUUAAUUAAAUGAACACUUCUCAGAUAAAUCACUUUAAAUAAUUUUCUCAGAGUCUAAGACUUUUGCAUAGUACAGUAAGUAUUGCUCAGUGGGUGAUGAGAGAUAAUCAAACAUUAAGUUAUACAGCUCCAGAAAAAAUUGAGAACACAAAAAGUUGAAAAGGAAGGUUUUGACUGAGGAA